AACACAGAGCGAGUACUAUGGCUUACGUCCCGUCCCGGCUCAUUGAGCAGCGGCGUAGGCGUGAGGAUGCCAUCCGUGCCCACCAGGAAAAGGUCAACUACCUCAACGAGGCACAGCUCAAGGCGGAGUUUGAGCAGCGGACAAACAAGCGGAUCCGGACCAACAACGUGCGGCGAACGUACGAUUCGUUGAAGGAGGCCGACGAUGAGGCGCUGGCGACCCGCAAGGCCAAGCUGAGGCAGAUGUACGCACAGGAAGAGCAGGUUCUCCGCGAGGAGAUCGCGCUGACGUACGAGACGCCCGAGCAGCGGAUCGAGCGCAUGCGCGCCCGCGCGCAACAGCUGCGUGAGGAGCGUGAGGAUGAGCGGGCCAAGUUUGCGCAAGAGCAGAUGGACCGCCGCUGGCGGGCCGAGUGUGACGAGAUCCGCCACCUCAAGUCGCAAAAGAUGCAGCAGAUGGUCAACGCUGAGCGCGAGCAGCAGCUCGAAAUCAAGGCCCGCCAGCGUGAGGCCCGGUUCCAGGAGGAGGCCGAGUAUGCUGCCCAGUGGGAGGCCAACCGCCAGCUUAAGAUCGAGCGCGAGGUCCAGGACCGCCAGCGCGCCGCUAUGCUCACCCGCGAGAUGAUGGGCACUCUCGAGGACCAGAUGGCCGAGCACGCGGCACGCAAGGCCGCCGCCGAGGCCAUCAAGACUGAAGAGGCUGCCCUCCUCCAGCAACAGUGGGAGCUCGACGCCAUGGCCGCAGACCGCCGCAAGCUCCUGCACGCUCAGCAGACCGCAGACCGCCGCGCCGAGCUCGACUACUACAACCAGCUCUCGCUUGCCCGUCGCCAGGAGGAGGCCCGCCGCGAGCGCGAGAACGACAUCAAGAUCAUCAACGACCUCGUCGAGGCCGAAAAGGGCGUCGAGGAGCGCGAGGCUGCCACCCGCCUCGCUCUCAAGGCCGAGGCCCUCGAGUAUCGCUCCCACCUGCUCCGCCAGAUGGAGCGUGAGGCCGCCAACGAUGCAAAGCUCGACCGCAUGCGCGCCGAGCAGCUCGAAGUCGAGUGGGCCAAGCGUCAGGCCCAGUGGGAUGCAGAGGCCCGUGCCCGCGAGGCGCUCAUGGCCGAGGUCUUCGAGGCCCGCCGCCAGCAGAUUGCCAUCAAGCUCGCCCGCAAGGCCGAGGAGCGCCGCGAGCAGGUCCUCGCCUGCGAGCGCCUGGAGCGCGAGAUGGAGAUGGCAAAGGUCGCAGAGUCACAAGAGGCCGCAAACAAGCUCGCCAAGGAGCGCGAGUACAAGCGCGCUCUUCUCAUCCAGGCCGAGCAGCGCGCCACCGCACGCGACCGCGCCGAGGAGCGCGAGCGCCGCGAAUACGAGUCCAUGCGCGAGGAGCGCGAGGCCUACGAGCGCCGCCUCGCCCGCGAGCUGCAGCGUGACGUCUCGCUCGGCGACCACCGCCGCACAAAGGCCUCGGUCUACCACGGGUAGCCGUGCCUCGAUUC